CUUACCCAAACUUGGUUUACGAGGAAAUUGACUGGUUGAUUGGCUUAGGUUAAAGGAAUUUUCGUUUCCAUUCCUGCUAUGACACUACUUGAAAUCGAAAGUAAUUAAAGUAAGAAAUGUUUUGUGUAGCCACACGAACAUGGAAUGGUCUAACCAGAAUCGCUCGACAGAUAUCAGUUGAAGGUGAACAUUUUGUGACGGCUUCCAGGAUUGGGUUGCAAGGCGCUGUAAAUUUGGUUUGUUUAUAUCACAGAAUACAUCUCAGCGAAGAUGACUUGGAAGAAAAGUUCAUCAAGGGCUGGGGACCAGGAGGUCAGAAAGUCAACAAAAGUAGUAACUGUGUUCAACUCCUCCACAAGCCCACUGGUAUCACGAUAAAGUGCCAUGAGAGUCGCUUACUUGCAAGAAACAGAGUGAUUGCUAGAGAAAUUCUGAAAGAAAAACUUGACUUGCUUUAUAAUGAGAAGGACAGUGUUGUUGCAAAAAAUAUUGCAAAGAUAAGGAAAAGGAAAGCACAAUAUGCGAGGAAGAGAAGACAACAAGGAGAAGCCUAUGCCAAAGGCUCACAAAACAUAGAUCCUGGACCAUCAGAUUUGGACAAAGGAUGAAAAGUAGUAUAUUCAUCCAGAAACCAAGGGCAAGGGCUUCACUGAGGAUUUACAGAAUAAAACUACCAAUAAUAACCCUU